CUCCUCCCUCUCCUCCCUCUCCUCCCUCUCUCGAUUCUUCUCCCUUCCCUUCAUCUCGUUGUUGUUCUAUUCCGUAUCCCUUCCCGUCGCGCGCCUCAGCGGUGGCUCCUGGAGGAGGGUGAUCAAUAUGCCGACUCUUCACCAUCUCAUGGGACCAUCUCGAUUGACUUGUGAUUGAGGAGCGAGUUGAGGCGCUAGUUUUUUUGCGUGCCGGGUCGCUGCCCGCCUUUGUUUGGUUGUUUCAAUAUAAAUUGAUUUUUCUGGUUGGUUACAAGAAUCAAAAUUCAGAGAAUGAGAAAGGGUAGGGUUAGAUGGAAUCAAGAAAACUUGGAUGACAUUGAAGCAAAUAAACCAGUGAGGCAAAAAAUUACUGAACCCAAGACACCUUUCCACCAUAUGAUUGAUGACGAUGGUUCUCUUUCACCAAAACGAGCCUUUGAUGAAUGCAUGGAUAAUUCUGCCCAUGCAGAAGCUCUCACUACUGCUUUGAAUGAUGUAGCUUCUUCAAGCAGAAGCUCAAAUGGGGAUUGGACCUCUUCUGAAGAAGAAACUGAUGCCAUGGAAGAAGAUGAUGAUUCUGAAGCAGAUGCUCCAAGGCUAAGUUUCAACGACCACCGGAAAGCUCACUAUGACGAAUUCCAUAAGGUCAAAGAACUCUUGAGAGCAGGAUCUUUCGCACAGGAUGACGAAGAAGACGCUGGUGAAGCUAAUGGUAGCCUGGACAAUGACAACGAGAGAGACCAUUCAACUUCUAGCCAACACACCCCCCCAAAUUCCAUGCCAAACAAACACGCCUAAUGGAUUAUGGAUGCUGCUCCCCCUGAAAAUAAUUGCAUGUGAGAACUCGAGUGAGAUGCCUUCCUCAUUGAUUUCUACUGAAACAAAAUUCAUGACUCCAUAGUCUGUUGCAUUCCAAGUUUGUAUAAAAUAUGUUGACAUCUCUCUUUCUCGUCCUCUCUAAUAACUGUUUUUUUUUUCUGUUA